AUGCGCUUCCGUGCUGCUCCUGACAAAAUAUAUUUAAAUUUGCUUAACGUCUUUCUUUCAGACCAUCAGCCACAUUCUCCUACUUUUCCUAAUCUGAAAGCCUUCAUUUACGCCAUCCCUUUCAUUCUCGGUUCUCUUCUGGUCAUCGUUUCUCUCUACCUGAUCAAAAGCCAACGAAGACAGUUCCAGAAUGACGAUAAGAAGUCACGGCAUUCUACACACAAGUUUGCUGAGCCGUUUUAUGAGGAGAUCGCCAUUCAGGAGACUGGGCCUGGAGUCGGAGAGUCGCAAUCCAUUAGCUCAGCAGAUAAAUUAGAAUAUUAUGUGGACGGUGAUUUGCAUGGCUACCAAAUUGAAAACAUGGAAGAGACAUUCUCUGUUGAAUCAAGUAGCAAACGGAACCGCCCGUCUUCCAAAGACCUAUUGGUGAAGUUCUUCUUCAUCUAUGUGCAAGAAAGUGAAAUGAAGAUUCUGUGGAUACUCGUAUUAAUCCUGCACAUUCCAAGGUAUUUCGGAGAAGUCAGAGUUGUGGGCCCGGGCUCACCUUGCGCAGGAAAUCUACAAAUUAAAUAUGGAAGUCAGUGGUUGCCCGUCUGUAGCAGUCAAUGGAAAGCAGCCGAUGGAGAAAUGCACUGUCGACAGACUGGAUGUUGGUCUUACGACACUUUAGCAAUCAGACCUAUUACAUCCGAAGACAGAGCUGCCCUGCUGAGUAAGCUUCAGUGCAAUGGGACAGAGACAUCAUUGUCGGAGUGUUCGUUCACUGUUUUGAAACAGGAGGACUGCCAAUCUGGAGCGAUCGGAUUCAUCGUUUGUAAAGUUGAGCAACACUUAAUGCUGUCAGGUGGAGGCAGCCCUUGUGCAGGGCGAGUGGAGGCAAGCAGCAGGUUACCUUCUUUCGUGAUCCUCUGUGGUCGUAAUUGGGGUAUGAAUGAAGCCCAGACUGUGUGCAAUUUCGCCGGCUGUGGUGACGCCGUAUCUGCAUCAAGGAAUUCACAAUUUGGACAUGGACAAUGGCCCGUUUUGCAAGCAGAACUUCAUUGUAAUGGUACAGAGGGCGACCCAUGGAGGUGUGAGAGGAGAAUCUUAGCUCACAGUAACUGCUCUAAGGAAAGCGAAACAGCCGGCGUUAUUUGUUCGGGACAUAGAAAGCCCAGACUGAUUGAUGGAUACGACGAAUGCUCUGGAAGAUUGGAGAUACAGCAUGGAGAGACGUGGGGCACCGUGUGCGAUUCGAAUUGGGAUUUACAGGACGCAGGCGUGGUGUGUAGAUCAUUGAAAUGUGGGGAAGUGAUAUCAGUAUUAGGAGGGGCAUACUUUGGAGAGGGCAGUGGUCCCAUGUGGCAGGAUUCCUAUGAAUGCCAAGGCAAUGAGACCAUUAUCUGGGAUUGCGCAACCACACCAAGAAAUGGACACAACUGUUCGGGUGGAAGUGCUGUGAGCGUCAUUUGUUCAGGACAAAAGGGACUGCGGUUAACUGGCGGCAGGGACAAUUGUUCGGGGAGAGUGGAAGUAUUACGCGGCGAAACAUGGGGAACGGUCUGCGAUGUUUUCUGGGAUUUAAAGGAUGCCUCUGUCGUCUGCAAUCAUCUCCAUUGUGGACCAGUUUUAUCAGCGAAAGCGGGAGCAUUCUUUGGUGAGGGAAAUGGCUCGAUUUGGAAGGACGUCACUGAAUGUCGCGGUAAUGAAAUGCGUUUGAAUGACUGUCGCAUUUCAUCAUGGGGAGACCAACCCUGUACACACCAAAAUGACGCCGGCGUUAUCUGUUCCGCGGAUCACUGGCAUUUGCGGCUGGCUGCUGGAGAGGGCCGAUGCGAUGGCCGAGUGGAGGUUUAUCACAGCGGUGUCUGGGGCAAAGUGACUGACGAUUUGUGGGAUUUCAAAGACGCAGAUGUGGUAUGCAGGCAGCUGAAGUGCGGCUCCGCAGUAAAUGUUUACAACCACCGGAAGUAUGGAAUUGGGAAAGGACCUGUGAUAAUGAGCAACGUCAAUUGUACUGGAAGUGAAUCCUACCUCUGGAACUGCACUUACACACAAGCGGAGCAUUUACUUCUCAGUGGUGAUGUUGGUGUCUUUUGUUCUGAUAAUGUUCCCGUAAGGCUGGUGAAUAGUGCAAGCCGUUGUGCCGGAAGGGUAGAAGUUUAUUAUGACGGAAUCUGGGGCACCGUGUGCGAUGAUGCUUGGGAUUUAAUAGAUGCACAUGUUGUCUGCAACGAACUGAAUUGUGGACAUGCUGUUAAUAUCACGAAUUCCAGUUGGUUUGACCAAGGCUCAGGUCCAAUCUGGUUGGACAACCUCAAGUGUUCAGCGAAUAAUUCGGCCUUGUGGCAAUGUCCGGCGAGACCUUGGGGCGAGAACGAUUGUGUUCACAAAGAAGAUGCUGGAGUUAUCUGUUCAGAUCACAGGGAAAUAAGGUUGUCCAAUGGGGAGAAUCCCUGCCAGGGCAGACUUGAGGUUUUAUUUAACGGAACAUGGGGAACAGUUUGCUCUGAUUCUUUUGGCAUGGAGAAUGCACAAGUUGUUUGCUCCCAGCUCAACUGCGGCUCGGCAAAAUUAAUAGAAGACAGCGCAGCAUUUGGAGAAGGUACUGGACCGAUCUGGCUGGAUGACGUGAGCUGUCGGUUGGGCGACUCACUUUUAUGGCAAUGCCCAUCUUCAUCAUGGGGCCAGCAUAACUGCAAACAUGAGGAGGAUGUUGGGAUCAUUUGUUCAGAAAUCUGGCCAUCGAAACCGCUAAUUAAGAAGGUCAAGAAGGAGAAGAAUAUCAAUCCAUUUCCAAAAGCCGCCGACCUGCGGCUCGUGGCGGGGUUCGAUAAUUGCUCUGGAAGAAUUGAAGUUUUCUUCAGUGGGACGUGGGGAACGGUCUGUGACGAUUCAUGGGACAGACACGAUGCUGCAGUCGUCUGUCGCCAAUUAAACUGUGGGGAUCCAGUCCUGGCUUCCGGGGGGAUGCUAUUCCCCCUUGGAAACGGCACUAUUUGGAUGGACGAGGUCAAAUGCAAAGGGAGUGAGAAUUUUCUGUCGGAUUGCCAAUUUUCUACAUUGCAUCGUCAUGAUUGUGGGCACAAAGAAACCGUCGGUGUGAUAUGUUCUGAUCACGAACCACAUACUCCUAAUUAUAGGAAACUGAGAUCUUUCAUUUACGCCAUCCCUUUCCUUCUUGGUUCUCUUCUGGUCAUCGUUUCUCUCUACCUGAUCAAAAGCAAACGAAGACAGUUCCAGAAUGGCGAAAAGAAGUCACGGCCUUCUACACACAAGUUUGUUGAGCCGUUUUAUGAAGAGAUCGCCAUUCAAGAGACUGGGCCUGGAGUCGGAGAUUCGCAAUCCAUCAUCUCAGCAGAUAAAUUAGAAUAUUUCCUGGACGGUGAUUUGCAUGGCUACCAAAAUGAAGAUAUGGAAGAAUCCCCUUUGCCGCUUGACGAAAAUUUCUGAGAAGAACAUGACGAUGUUGAAUAAUGCGCUUGAAGAAAUGCGAAUUAUAAUCAUUCAGAUGAAACAUUUUAUGGUGAUUUGCAACCACCGUGCAAUUUCCCUGUAUGUUUUGUAAUUCAUUUAAUGUAAAAUUGUACAUUGGAAUUCAACCCCCUCUGUGAUUUGAAGUGAGAUCCUUCCGGAAGUGGAAAACAAAGCAAAACUUCUGAACAGUUUGGGAGAUACCAAUGACGCAAAAUGUAAAACGGCUUCAAAUUGAAUUUAGCGCUUACGUUAUUUGAUGUGUUAUAUGUGCUUUGAGCUGGAUGUAACUAUUGGCGCUGUGUUUUGUAGCCUGGCUCCGGCUGAAUGCUGUUUCACUUGGCCGUAUUCGAGUGUAUGGCUGAAUGACAGG